CAUCGUCGUCACGCUUCCCUUUUUAUCUUUUUCAGUUGCCUCUUCAUACGCAUUUCUAUUUCUCUCUCUCUCUUAAAUUCUCUACUACUUACUAUACUAGCUAGGGUUUUGAGAAAAAUGGGGCAACAAUCGCUGAUCUACAGUUUCGUUGCACGAGGAACUGUUAUUCUCGCCGAAUACACUGAGUUCACCGGUAAUUUCACAAGUAUAGCCUCACAGUGCCUCCAGAAACUUCCUGCUUCCAAUAACAAGUUCACCUAUAACUGCGAUGGUCAUACUUUCAACUAUCUCGUCGAAGAAGGCUUCACAUACUGUGUUGUUGCUGUGGAAUCUGUUGGAAGACAGAUCCCAAUUGCGUUUUUGGAGAGAACCAAGGAAGAGUUUACCAAGAAAUAUGGUGGAGGCAAGGCUGCUACAGCUGUUGCCAACAGCUUAAACAGGGAGUUUGGGCCCAAACUGAAGGAGCAGAUGCAGUACUGUGUAGAUCAUCCAGAGGAAAUCAGUAAGCUUGCAAAGGUGAAGGCUCAGGUUUCAGAAGUUAAAGGUGUGAUGAUGGAAAACAUUGAAAAGGUUCUUGAUCGUGGGGAGAAGAUUGAACUUUUGGUGGAUAAGACUGAGAAUCUUCGCUCACAGGCACAGGACUUCAGGACACAAGGAACAACAAUGAGGAGGAAGAUGUGGUUGCAGAAUAUGAAGAUCAAGCUUAUAGUUUUGGGGAUUAUUAUUGCCUUGAUUCUGAUCAUAGUUUUGUCAGUAUGUGGUGGUUUCAAUUGUCAUUAGUGCGGUUCCUCAUCCUUACCAGGCUGGAUGUUGAUUGAAAAUUGUGACACCUAAAUCUUUGUAGCUCUGGCGUGUCAGUUCCUUAUAAUUCUUUUCUUCUUUUAUUGUGAUGUCUUUUGCUCUAACCUCUCUGUAUCAUGAGACACUUCCUGUAUAGCUUAUAAUGCUGAAUUCUUUUGAGUAUAUUAUUGAAAGAGUCACCCUUCUAGUUCA